AUGCUUGAAUCGAUAAAUCAGACGAAAAUGUCGUUUAGAAAGCACCUCAUCAUUAGCAUUGUCAUUCGCAUCUUCCUGGUGUAUUAUGGCGAGGUGCAGGAUAGUCUCUCCGAGAUUCAGUACACCGAUGUAGACUAUCGGGUGGUAACCGAUGGAGCUAGUCAUGUUCUCAAUUUGAACUCGCCCUUCAAAAGGCACACAUACCGUUACACGCCACUUUUGGCCUAUUUGGUGCUACCGAAUCUCGUACUGCAUCACAGCUUCGGAAAAUUCGUUUUCUCUCUGUUCGACAUUUUCAUAGGAGUGCUGAUCAAAUGGAUCUUGUUGAACUGCUAUCGAGGCAAUAAGAUAUCCAUCGAAAAGAAGCUACUCAAAUUGGAGACCCUGAACAAUCGCAAUAAAUAUCUUAUCAAGCGGAAAAAUGAAAUUCUGAACAGUAACAAUGAAGCGCUGCCACCGAAGUACAUCCGGAUGGCGGAAAUCAGCGUAUUUUGGCUUUACAAUCCGCUUACAAUGAUCAUUGCUACUAGAGGUAAUGGAGACUGCGUUUCAUGUUCACUCGUGCUAGUCUCACUCUAUUUCCUCUUGAAAAAUGAGCAAACCAUUGUGCAGUUUUUCACAGCAGGCAUAUUUCUCGGUUUAUCAAUUCAUUUUCGACUCUACCCUAUUGGAUUUUGCCUGGCAUUUUAUCUAGCCACGCUUGAUAAGCAACUGGUAACGAUCAAGGAUCACAUACAAGCAAUACUAAUGCCGAAUGCCAAGCAAUUAGCCCUAGUUGGAGGAACGAUCACAUCUAUUGCAGUAUCAACAGGAGUUUUCUACUAUCUCUACGGUUAUCAGUACCUCUACGAAGCCAUCCUAUUCCAUCUGGUCAGAAAAGACACCCGUCACAACUUCUCGCUGUACUUCUACCAACAAUAUCUGAGUUCCAAUUUCGACAUCUCUCUACUGGAAAAACUACUGACUUUCCUACCGCAGCUAGUGCUCAUCAUAAUCCUAACCCUACGCUAUGGGAAGCAUCGUCAAACGCUGGGUUUUGCGCUGUUUGCCAUCGCCUUCGUAAUGGUGGCCUACAAUCCCGUCGUCACAUCGCAGUACUUUGUGUGGUUCCUGUCGUUGUUGCCGCUCAGCGUGAAGAACUUCAAAAACAUCGGUAUACGGAAGGCGGUUUUCAUUCCGGUGAUGUGGUUCAUAUCGCAAGGCGGUUGGCUACUACCAGCAUAUCUGCUAGAAUUCAGAGGCUGGAACACGUUCGAGUUCAUAUGGAUCCAGAGUAUCGUCUUUUUCUUUUCCAACAUAUUGAUCCUGCAGAUGCUGGUGACGAACUACGACAUGGCUUACAACUAUAAGAUUGAUUAGGAUACGGUAUGCGUGUAAAUAUAAUUUUAUAUUCCUCGAGUAAAAAUUUCAAAAUUACAUUUUAUGGCACUUUUUUAUAUGAGAAAUAUAACAAUUUCAAGGUUUCA